GAUUCCCCUUUGAAGAAAGUUGGAAAGUACCGACGAUCAGUUGUCAAGCGAGAACUUCUGUAAGAUAAUAAAGUUAUAGAGAGCAGUCAUAAGGAGUAUUUCGUUAAAACACUUUAAAAACACACAAUUUCUUCUAAAAGAACAGAUUGGUUUUUGACUUUUGAAGAAAAGAAACAUGGGUCCUCCAGUCAACAGAGGACCAGACAGAGAUGAAGCACAGUCGCGUGAUGUUGAUGAGGAGAAUGAAGAUGGAAAUGAUGAAACUGAUUCUCCCGUCAGGCCUAGGUCAGUGAGGCAAAGGACAUAUCGAGAAAGAGUUUUUCAUAGGGACGUUAGCACAGUGGAUGAAGUGAUGCAGGAAGCUACAGGAUAUGUGUCAUCUUUCAUUGCAGAUCGUUUGGAUGAGGAUGGUUUUCAGGUCCCUGACUAUUUAAGAGAUUCUAGCCAGAAUGUUAAAAGAGCCACCGCACAAGCUUUGAGGCAGAUUGGAGAUGAUAUGGUGAAUAACCAGGAACUGAAUUUAUUAAUGGAUCGAUUGACUGUAACAAUGGACAAUGUAUAUGAAACAUUUGCUUCCAUUGCAUCAGAGAUAUUUCGAGAUGGAGUUAUCAACUGGGGCAGAAUUGUGACACUAUUGUAUCUUGGCUAUAAACUAGGGUUAAAGCUUCUGUUUGAAGGUGGUUUGUUGAAGACAAUUAUAAAAUGGAUUCUGCGUUUCAUAAGUGAAAAGCUAGUGACAUGGAUUGCACAGUUUGGAGGCUGGGACACCUGUAUAAGUUAUUUUGGUUCAACUUCUGCACAAAUGAUUGGAGUUUUCCUUGCAGGAUGUGCAGUAACAGCUCUAGUGUUUUGGAUGCGGCAGAAAUAAAUACUGACAUUGCACAAAUUAUUUAAGCUAAUAUUUCUAAAGACUAUGAACAUGAUACAAAUAGGUUUUGUAAAUUUUAUAUGGGCUACUGGUGGUGAUAAAGGAGUGUAGUGCAUUCCUUUUGCCUCUAAAUGCAGCUAACUACUUGGUGGUUCAAGCUGUCAUGAGUAAAUGUCUGUCUAAUAGGCCUUAGAAGGUCAAGGGCUUGUCUGUGGACAAGUAAGUGUUUUUACUAGAAGAGGGAACAACAAAAGAUCAAGCAGAACAGAACAGGAAUCAACUAUUAUGUUAGAGCCUAAGAAAAAUGCCUAUUUCUAGUAACUAAAACAUCUUUACUUUUGCUAGGUUCCAAAUGAGUUGGCUAAAGCUUUUAUGAUUAUAACCUCUGUUAAAAACAAGAUGUUUUUUCUUGUUUACAUUCAGCUUGUCUUUUGGUUGUUCUGUUUUUAGCAUACCGUAUUUCCUCUAAAGAACACCGCUGCGUUUAUUACGAACUCCAAGUUUUGGAUGCGGUGUUCAGUGCAGAGCGGCAUUUAAUUCAAAAUGAAAAGUUUUUCAAAUGAAAAAUGCAAUGAAAAACAUAAAAACAGACUUUAAACAAUGUUUUCUUUUCCCCAAAACACGUAAUGGAAAUGUCAAUGAAUGUCAAUAUCCUUGUCUCCGUCAGAGUCCUCGUCACUAUGACAUAAAAACUUUCAUAGCUUUCAAAUAGUGAUGUAUUUUCUAAUGAACACAUCUUUUCAAGAUGCGGUGUUCAGUAGAGGGCAGCGUUUAUCAGAGGGCGGCAUUUUUUCCAAAUGGUCGGCUGAAGGUGUGGUGUUCAAUAGAGGGCAGCAUUCAUUAGAGGAAAUACGGUAGACCAUGAGAAGGACACCAUCAAACAUGAUUGCUCCAGGGCCUGUGCCACUGGGGGAGGGGGUGUCAGAGGCACCAUGGCCUCCCUACUUUUUCACAAGCUUACCUUGUUUCUUUAUAUAAGCCUCUAAAUAACAACAAAAAUAUUGAAGGAAAGUAACCUAUUUAAACAGUGUAAGCAAUGAAUUUACAACUUUGGGGCUAGAAGGAGAGAAGGAGUAAGAAGAAACAUUCUUUACAUUCUGAUGGCCCCUCCAGUUUAGGAUCAGUGGCACGUGCCCUGUGCUAACAGCAAAUAACUAGUCAGUCAAAGGUUUAUCAAUGCGUCACAGUUAGCUUUUGAUAAUUGUAAAGAAGAAAUUGCACUUACUAAGAAGAUUAGUGUUUCAUGUUUGUUUGAGUAUUGAAGAGCACCUUUUCUUCAUAUAGUCGUAUGAAUGUAAUAUUUUGCAAUGUAGUAUUGUAGAAUCAUAAAUUAGAUUGUUAUUAAAAGGUU